GCUCGAGCGAGUAUCAGUGCGCGAGCUCCAGCACAGCGUCUCAGAGUAACGGUUUUUUCUCUCUGAGGUAAAUAAUCCGGAACCUGCGAUGCGUUUAUUGUGAUCUGGUGCUAAUAUUUUGAUGGUGAAACGGUGAAGACGUCGCCGUGUCCGUGCACCGAGACCGGAGGGAUGUAACGUUAUAAACGGAGGAUGCUGCUAACCGUAAGGCUGCGACUGGACCCACAGAACCAUAACAGAACCCUCACAGAACCGGACAGAACCGUGACCGGACCCACAGAACCGUGACUGGACCGUGACGGGAUGUUUGUGUGUUAUAAAGCUGUGAUGUAGCCGCUCAGCUCCGACACCAUGCAGCUGUGUUGCUGCUUAAAGCACAAUGGAGGCUGAGAGAGAAAUCCUGAGGUAAAAAAAGGGCAAUAAACCCUUAAUAAUGACUUUCCUCAUACCUUUCUGUCCUGGAGUGAAUGUCACGCGUUAUUCCGUUAUACAGGCUGCAGAAAUGACCUGUCCUCCUCCUCUUCCUCUUCUUCUUCAUCAUCAUCAUCACCACCAUCAUCAUCAUCACCUCUGAUCACAGGGACGCUGAAACGAAUCUGAUCGCAUCCCAUCUGCGGAUCGGGGUUUUAUUUUUUAUUCUUUUAAAUAAUAAUAUUUGAAUGAGUUAUUUUUCCUAAAUGGCUGCGGCACGGAAAAUUAAAACUUUGCUGACGGUGAACAUCCUGGUGUUUGUCGGCAUCGUGUUGUUCUCGGUGUACUGCCGGAUCCAGGACCGGUCCGAGGAGCUCGUGCAGCUCGGGCGGUCGGCGGAGGCGCGCGCGCGGACCCGACAGGGCAGAGUCACCGACACCGACCGGCAGUCCAUCCUGCAGAGACUGGAGAGGCUGGAGGACGUGGUGUACAACCAGCUUAACGGAGUGUCGAAGGCGAUGGGGCUGUUGGAGGGUCCUGGAGGUCUCGGACAGGGCGGAGCUGCAGCUACACUUGGGGGUGAAAGUCCAGAAGGCGGGGGCAAAUAUGAAGAGUACGGCUACAACGCCCAGCUGAGCGAGCGCAUCUCUCUCGACAGGAACAUUCCUGACUACAGACCUAAAAAAUGUAAACAGCUGGCGUAUUCUGACGACCUGCCGCAGAUCUCGGUGGUGUUCAUCUUUGUGAAUGAAGCUCUGUCGGUGAUCCUGCGCUCCGUACACAGCGUGGUCAAUCACACACCGGCUCACUUGCUCAAGGAGAUCAUCCUGGUGGACGACAACAGCGACAGCGUGGAGCUGAAGUAUAACUUGGAUCAGUAUGUGAAUAAACGUUAUCCGGGAUUAGUGAAGAUCGUCAGGAACUCAAAGAGGGAAGGUCUGAUCCGAGCUCGGAUCCACGGCUGGAACGCUGCUACGGCUCCUGUAGUAGGCUUCUUCGAUGCACAUGUGGAAUUUAACACAGCUUGGGCCGAGCCGAUCCUGUCCCGGAUAAAAGAAGAGCGCACUCGGAUAAUCCUGCCUGCCAUAGACAACAUCAAAUACAACACCUUCGAGGUGCAGCAGUAUGCUAACGCCGCUCACGGCUACAACUGGGGCCUGUGGUGCAUGUACAUCAUUCCUCCUCAGGAUUGGCUGGAUAAAGGGGACGAGACCGCCCCCAUCAGAACUCCUGCGAUGAUUGGCUGCUCGUUCGUGGUGGAUCGUGAGUAUUUUGGAGACAUCGGCCUCCUGGAUCCAGGCAUGGAGGUUUAUGGAGGAGAGAAUAUUGAACUGGGGAUGAGGGUGUGGCAGUGUGGGGGCAGUAUGGAGGUUUUGCCCUGUGCCCGAGUUGCUCACAUAGAACGCACUAAGAAGCCCUACAACAAUGACAUUGACUACUACGCCAAGCGGAACGCCCUGAGGGCCGCUGAAGUCUGGAUGGAUGAGUUUAAAUCCCAUGUCUACAUGGCCUGGAACAUCCCAAUGAAUAAUCCUGGAGUGGAUUUUGGAGACGUGUCAGAGCGAGUGGCCCUGAGGAACAGACUGAAGUGUAAGAGCUUUCGCUGGUACCUACAGCACGUUUACCCGGAGAUGAGGAUCUACAACAACACCAUCACAUAUGGCGAGGUGCGGAACAGUAAAGCGAGUGGUUAUUGCCUGGAUCAAGGCUCAGAGGAUGAUAACAGAGCGAUACUUUACCCCUGUCACGGCAUGUCGUCUCAGCUGGCUCGGUAUUCUACAGAAGGUCUCCUGCAGUUAGGACCCUUGGGCUCCACCACGUUUCUACCAGACACCAAGUGCCUGAUUGAUGACGGACGGGGUCGAACUCCCACCUUAAAGAAAUGUGACGCAGUGUCACGAUCCUCACAGAGACUUUGGGAUUUCACACAGAACGGGCCGAUCAUAAACAGAGACACUGGUCGCUGUCUGGAAGUGGAGAUGUCUAAAGAAGCCAGUUUUGGCCUGCGGUUGGUUAUGCAGCGCUGCUCAGGACAGAAGUGGAUGAUACGGAACUGGAUUAAACACCCGAGACACUGAGGGAGCUGAACAACACACUGCCUCCUCUCUGUGUCUGUGUGAUGGACUGAUGCCCCAGCAUCACGUCACGGCGGCGUGUGUGUGUGUGUGUGUGUGUGUGUGUGUGUGUGUGUGUGCUCGGCCCAGACUCAGGCUGAGACACUGUUCUAUCAGCAGGCCGUCCAGACGGGACAUAAAGACAUAAAAAUGAUGAUAUUUAGGAGUUGAGGGUUGAACAGGACGCUCUGGAGGAACACACAUUGUUUGCACAACCAGUAUUUCCAAACAGACUGCUGCUGGAGUUAGUGAUACCUGAACUACUGGUACAGACUUACACACUCAAACACACAACAAACACUCAAAUUACAAACACUCAUCUCAUCUGUUCAUUUCUAACCAUUUCUGUUUUCAGCUCCUCUCCGUCUGCCCUUGGGUCUGUGCUUCAGUCUUGUAUCAUGAUAUCAUCAGCUGUUCAAUGAGGGAUCAAGUCACAUCACUGUUUAACACAAACACCAGCUGACACACACACAACACACACAACACACACACACAACACAAAAUCAUGCCAGCACUGAUUCUCACUGAUCCAGUGUAACCCCUGACACUAGCAACCAACACACAACGAUUCUAUGUUGUGUGUGUGUGUGUGUGUGUGUGUGUGUGUGUGUGUGUGUGUGUGUGUGUGUGAGACACUGAGCCAUCAUUCUGCUGAGAAAAAAGAUUUUAAUUUGCUUUUGAACCGUAGCUGUGAUACAGUAAAGCGACAAAUCCACCUGAUUGACUCCAGAGAAUUCUAAUCUUAUACUCGAGGUUCCAAUUUUGAAAUAAUUUGGUCUUUAUUUAAAGCACUAUGCAAAUUAAAUAAAAUUACAGCUAAUCAAAGCUUAGGCCUUGUUCAACUGCAGUCAUCACACAGAAUCAAAUCAUCCAGUGAAAUGAAUAAUGACAGUUUGGGGAAAAGUCUUUUUCUUUAUCUCCAACUAAAUCCUAUCUCUGUCCUCUAUGCUGCGUCCCAAUUCACCCGCUAUUCAUCCUAAAUAGUGUCAGAGUUCACAAUUAGUGUGUCCUUAAUCAUAGUGUGUAGAAUUGAGUAACCGUUAGUACAUGAUGGUUUACUGUCUCCAGCAGAGCCAGAGUUCAGCAGCGUUUAUCCCUGGACUCUUUUUCAGCUAAUAUUACCCAUAGUUCCUUGCACCAUGGAGGAGAAGUGGGUCAAAUUUAACCUGCAAACAUAAUGGAAAUGUGGGAAAUUAAAUCAGAUGAAUGGUAAAUAAUAUUAUAUAGUAAAAGUGUACUAUAUAGUAAGGAAUAAUGAAUGAAGAAAAGCUGAAGAAAAAGAGUUCAGACUUUUAGUGUAUCGUGUCAGUAGAAGGACUGGAAUAGAACGUGUUUAAACAUAAUCAGAGAAACUACAAUUAUAACAUCCUUCAUCAGUGUUGUGUCUGAUGAUGGACAAGAUGACUCAUGGGCCAUUUUUUUAUUACUGGUUAAUCCACAAAAUGUGACAGUGAUGUGUAAUUAGCAUGAACACAAGGCAGCACUGUGGCACCGAGGGCCUUUUACACAAGAACCUUGUACCACUGAGAACCGACAUCUAGUCCAGCUGAAGACUGACGAUGUCCAAACACACACUAACACUGUAGCACUAGUACAUAUAAGUGACGUGACAUACGGCUAAGUACGGUAACCCAGACUCAGAAUUCGUUCUCUGCGUUUAACCCAUCCAAAGUGCACACACACACACCGUGAACACACACACACACACCGUGAACACAUUUAUGCUGCGCCGCCCGGGGAGCAGUCGGGGGGGUUCGGUGCAUUGCUCAAGGGCACCUCAGUCGUGGUAUUGCCGGCCCAAGACUCGAACCCACAACCUUGUGGUUAGGAUACAAACUCUCUAAGCCACGACUAAUAAACAGUAAAACACACACACACACACACACACACACACACACACAGCAUCGCUGUCUAUCACUGUAAUUACAAACAGAAUGUAAACAUCAUUAUUAUUAGCACCAGCUCAUCCCACAUGUGUGAAACCUGCUGAGAUUUGUUGUUACUCCUCCGUUCUCUUAAAUCUGUUGAAGAACAGGAAUAAAGCUGAACUGUAACACAGCCAAGUCUUAAAAGCUUUUACACCUCACAUCAACAAUUUAACUUCCUUUAAUGAAACAGUGUUCAUUUAAAUUUCCUGUUUAACUAUCAUUCACUUGACCGUUUAAAUUCUACAUUAACUAGCAAAAAGGUUUCCUACACUGGGUCGUGUUAUUAUUGGGCUACAGCUCCGUUAUGCUCUCGUCUCAUUCAUCCGUCCUGCCGUAUCUAUCGAUAUAUUCUCCCUAAACGUAGUUGUUCUUCUGGGACGUGAUCUCUAGUUUUGCUCUGCAGUGACAUCACAAUGCAGUUUGCACCUUUGCUAAUUAGAAGAUCACAUGAUUUAUGCGUUAACUGCUUUACUCUUAUAGUUCUAUCACAAGCCUCAAAGCUGGCACGUUUUGUCUGACCAGUUACGUGUGGUACAACUGGACAUCUGUAUAAAUCAUUUCAUCAUUUUUUUUGGCCCAUGAUUUUGAGGCGCUGGGUAACGUUUUAAAACACGGCACCUUUUGUAGUGACAAGAAACCAAUCAGUUGCUGAGGUUUUCGAGUCUCCUACAUCCACAUCAUCAGCAGAAAAUACGUCAAACAUUCUAAACUCCACUAAAUAUAUGCAGGCAUAACACCAGCAUGUCCACACCAUCCUCCUCCUCCUCCUAUUCCUCUUCCUCCUCCGCCUCCACACAUCAGCCGCGCAAGCGUUAACACGUAGAGACGCUCGUGACAGGACGGACUGCAGAUAUAGUCUUUAUUGGGGGUGCAGGUUAAAACGAAUACUCUUUUAUUUCCCCAUCGAUAUUAGGGACUCUAAAGCACUUAAGAUAAAUAAUUUGUUCUGUGUGUCUUCACCCUGUCAUGAGUUGCUCUAGCCUUUUUAUUCGUGUCAUCACACAACUGCAAUAAUCGUGUGGGUCAGUGACGGGGUUGACGUGACGUGUGGUUCACACUCUCAAUAUUACACCAGACAGAAGUAUGUGGCAGCACGACACGUGGACGGAGAAGGACAGGAGUAUAAACAGUGUAUUAGUGUGUUUCCUGUGAUAAUUAUUGCAUUAGUUACAGACUAUACACUUGUUUACUCACCUUGAAGUGCUAAUCUGUGACAAAACAUUUACACAGUAGAUCAGCUGCAUUCUUUCAUUCUGAGAAAAGAGGCACUAAUAACAAUCAGCAAGCUUAUGAAUCUUCAUACAAGCUUAAUUUCACACAUUUCACACUGCAGUAGAUGCAGGCGAACGUGUAGGAAUUCUCCGGAUGGAGCGUUAACCGGUUUACAGUUUUCAUUUUACUCCAAUGUUUCAGUCCUGUGAACAGAUUUAAAGACUGUGAUCAUCACAAUGGAGAAGCUCGAGCUUGUAAAAUAUUUUGAGGUUGUUAAUAGAAUUUAAACUUGUAAAGGGAUAUUUACAAUAAUUAUUUAAGCUCAGAUAAAGGUUUUUAUAACAAUGGGAAGAGAUUUAGAGCUUGUACAAAGUUCAGAAUUAUGAUC